GCCUGUACCUACGGGUAGAGUGCCACUCUGUCCUAACGCAAAAAAAAAAAAACUCUACGGGUACUAGGAGCGGCACUAUCAGGGGCAUACACAUGACGUGACUUGUAUGCUAACGAGAGUAAAAUGACAAGGAAAACGAGAGUAGAGUGAAUAUUUAGACGUGAAGAAAGUGAAUGUUACUAGAGAAAAAUGGUAAUGACUGAAGAAAGACGAGAGGGACGUCAUGUUUGUCAUAGAUUUCGGUCAGAGACUGAGACGCGAUGCAAACAUUCUGUCAUAUCGGACCCGCUUCCAUGACCUUGCCAUGCUGAGCGAUAGCAUUGUCGUUCGUUGAGUAGCAAUUUUGAUAGUAUCGACCACUUCGCUUGCAUGGUCAGCGACAAAUGAUCCAAUCAAUCAAUUUUCAUAUCGUUCAUAAAACCAAAAACUCGUAGGAAGAAAAAAAAGAAAAAUCAUAAGCAAAUCAUCGCACUAUCCUCCUCUCCCCCCGUGCAUUUGCUCGUAGCGUGUACGCACCUUCAAGAAGAACAGACACAUUUUAGAAUUUCUGCAUCUUACAGCGAAGAAUUGAAGGGUCGCUUUAGGAGGUUUUUAGACAAACACAGAUAAGGACGCACUCGUGCGCUUCGUGGAAAAAAGAGCACGUCGAAGUGUAUCAAUUGCCGUAACAGCAUCUCAGUUCAUCGCAUAGUAGGUUUUUCAGAGCACGAAAAAGGAAAAUGUUAAGUGGUGAAAAUCCGUCGUGCAGUCCGAGGGGGAAUGCCAAGAAGGUAGUGGACAAGCUCGCAGAACGCUUGACAUCUGAACAGAAUGGGACGACGGAGGAGGAAAUGCUCAAGCUCAACAGCUGGAUGCGCGACGUGCUUUUUGGGGACGAAAACAAGAGCAUUGACCUCGACCGGGAAUACCUGGAGGCCAUACUCUUAUGAUGUGGAUACGAGUCUUCGUCUUGUGCUCAUACUUGCUCUGACGUUGUUCCAGUGAAUGAAAGUGAUAGUGCAUGAAAAUAGAACGUGACGAGGAUCGCCGAAGCCCUACGUUGAUAAGAUAGAUUGACUUGCUUCCGGUUGUACUUUCUCUAACGUCCUCCCCAUCCGACAGGACGUAUCUAAAUGGGAUCAGCAAGGUCACCCUGCGGGUCACGGUCCCGGGAGGAGGUUAUGAGCUCACAAUAUGCCACUUUUUACGAUAAGCCCGCGGGCCUCUUUCCGCUAAACGGUAGGAGGCGCCAGAAACAGACUGAGCAACACACUUCAAUUGCCGUAUCUUCUGGAGUGACGCCAUCCAAUAUUCUUGGGUCUUUCCAGUAAUAUAAUCUUACUUUUUUCCAGUCUAUUCCUAGAACCACGACUCACAUGUUUAUCCCAGUUGUUUUCCGUUUUGCAAAAAAUUUCCCCAAAGACGUUACAUUUGGCUACUCGCAUCCCGCGCAUUGUUUCCCACGGCUUUCAUUUAAACGCGAAGAACGGGCUUUUGCCGGUGCAGGCGCAAGAGCCGACGCAGAUUAAGGCUGACGUGACUUUGAUGAUCAGCAAUAUGGCCACGACUUGCCGAUGCGAGCUCCCUGCCUUUCUCUACUACAAGGAUGCGGAUGCAGAAAACACCGGCGCGGCGCAAGGGCAUACGAGGCAGCAGAUCAGGGUGAGCAAAACUGCAGAUGGUGACUCACGAGAAGUUGGUACUUCAGCUUUCCUUCAACAUGUAUGAGCGAUCGUUGACGAGCAAAAGCAAUGCAACAAAACAGAAUAUAUCACACAAAAAAGCGAAGCUCUUUUCUCCAAAAGAAAUGAAAUCAAACAUCUCUCUCCAGCAGAGUUCUAUCCGUUAACCACAACUCAUCCACAGCAAACAUUUGCGCGGAGGCUGACGUCAGUCUCGCCGUCCCAACGUUUGCUCAAAGGGACUUGCCAUUGUAUCUGCGUCGCAAUUCUUACCUUAGAGCGGCAGCCGGGAGCCACAGCCAACCGGGAAAAACGAUGAAGCUGUUAGAGUGGAAACCGAUUGAGCCUAAUCCACAAUUCGCCCGCGAUUUCUACUUAUGUCUUUGUUGCUUGUGAAGCUUCUCCCCACUGAAUAAGUUGUUAUCGGAUGAUGCCACCACACACACAGCGCGGGCUGGCCGCGCUGAGUGUUAGAUGACUCUUAGAGACUCGCGACUCUUCAUCAGUUUCGCGACUUUUUUUUCAAAAGUCGAAUCUUUGAUAGGUUUCGAAAGAAGUUUUUGCACGUUAUGACGCGGCCCCGGGAAGCUGCAGAAAUUUCCUUUCAGCCUCUAAUCUGAAGCGUCGUCGAAGGGGAGCAGGGUUGCGCCAUGCCGGUGACGGUGCAGAACGCCCAGAUAUUCGAAUUGACCAAAGUCGAGGGGAAGUCCUCUCUCCGUCUCCAGCGGAACGUGCUGAUCGGCACGCGUGAAAUUGGACAGAACUACGCUCUGAUUGCCGAAUACUCGUGCGCGGAGGAUAGCAGCAACACUGUACUGAAAUUGCGCCAAGCUGCUGCCCCUCAUUUCGAGUUCGUCAGGCCAUACGGACUCGAAAAUGAAUAUAAUCCUCGGCUAGGUAUACUCUCUUCUUCUUGAUGACACUUCUUCUGACAAUUCGCAUCAAAUAAGUCUGGCGCCUCUUUCUCCACUAGCGUGGGCUAUACUAGCAGCGGGCUAGUUUUCGCAAUCGUUCAAAACAAAGAGCGUCCUCUCUAGCACUCAGAACCGGAGCUACUGUAAGCAGAAAGAGACCCCCUUUUCGUCCCUCAGCGAAAUUCAUCAAAUCACUACUCAGGCGAAGGCAAGCUCAAGGAAGACUAUUGUUGGCAAGAGUAUUGGGGUCGAACAUGGGGAAGGGACACGGAAAUUUCUGCUCUUGAAUUGCCGAGGGCUUCUGUGCGGGAAGUGGCGACCUCCGCCAGAAGCAGCACGUACGACCAUCCCGCGGCCCUCUGUGGUCUUUUCGCUGCUCCCGUGAUCGCCGCGGUGUGCCUUCUCCUCCGUGCCGCUCUGCGCCGGGCUCGCCCGACCGAAGCCGAGAAACCCCUGCGGGUUUUAGUUAUGGCAAUUCCCUACUUGCUCACAUGCAAACGAGAACAAAGAAAGGGAGCAAAAUAGUAGUAGAUGUGGCCAAGUCUGCCCACUUUGUUCAGAGUCUCAACAAACUAGGUAGCCUGCUAAAAAAAGCUAAGCUGCUCACAGACACAUGCUGGAGGGUCACUCGUCCUUUGUUUUUCUAAUUUCGACAACAAGAUCGAGGCAGAGGCGUUAGAGGAGGACGAAAUCUCUUACGGCGCGGUCUAA